UUCUGUGUGUGUGUGAUUGUGUGCUGGCAGGGACGGGGUGUGUGUGCGCGCACUGCCCUGGAAGUCUGAGCCACUGGAAGGAGUCGCAGGGACCAGGACACCGAAGCCACCUGCACCCCACAAAGGGUUAAACGCUCCGGGUUGACCAUUAACUUCUCCCAAGGGAGCGUGGGACGAAGGUCGCUGGGGCCCAGGAUUCGCUCUGGCUUCGGUUCGGGGGGGGGGGCAGCCCCGAUCCUGCCGGCACAGCACCACGGACAGACAGCUGGAUGGGGCGGGGUGGACAGAGAGACGGGUCUGCCUGGGGAUAGACAGAUAGCGUGGUAGCCGGUUUGGUCCCAGAGGGUGCGGAACGGACCCUGUUCUGGUGGACUGGCCGCGGGACCUGUCAUACCCCCCGCUGCCCCCCGCCCAGCCAGCCCCACGCUGAUUGGGACAUGUGCUGUGCUCUGCUGGGAGUGGUGUGAAUGGGCGCACAAGGGCCCGCGGCCGCGCUUUGGGCCCCGGCGUCCCUGCCCCUCCCCAAAGAGUGACACCCUCCCACCCCCCGCUCCGUGGGGCAGUGCCCUGCCCGGCGUGACGCUCCCCGGCUUGUCCUUGUGUCUUGGCCCAGGGGCGAGCGGGCCAGGAUGUGCGACGGGCCGGCCAGGCGGAAGGUCGGGAUCGUGGGCUUUGGACAUUUGGGCCAGUAUCUGGUCCGGAGGCUCCAGGAGGAGGGACCCCGGCACGGCCUGGAACUCGCCUUCGUCUGGAACCGGGAUGCGCGGAAGCUGCAGGGGCAGGUGCCGGCUUCCCUCCAGCUGCAGGACCUGGCCCGGUUCCCCGAGCGCAAGGCAGAUCUAGUGGUGGAAGUGGCUCAUCCCUGCAUCGUCCGGGACCACGGCGCGACCUUCCUGUCCGGAGCGGAUUUCAUGGUGGGCUCCCCCACGUCCCUGGCUGACCAGGCCACGGAGAUGCGGCUGCGGGAAGCUGCCCGGCGUGGGGGGCACACGCUGUACGUGCCCCGGGGGGCGCUGUGGGGCGGCGAGGACAUCCAGCGCAUGGAUGACAGGGGCGUGCUGCAGGGCCUGAAGGUGACCAUGAUCAAGCAUCCGGACAGCUUCCGGCUGGAGGGGGCGCUGAGGGAGCGGCUGGGGGCCGCGCGGGCCGUGCUGUACGAGGGGCCCGUGCGGGCUCUCUGCCCGCUGGCCCCCAAUAAUGUCAACACCAUGGCGGCCGCUUGCAUGGCCGCCCCCAGCCUGGGCUUCGAUGGGGUCCAGGGGUGUCUCAUUGCUGACCCCAGCCUCCCUGACUGGCAUGUGGUGGAGGUGGAGGUGACCGGCCCAUCUGGCGAGCGCGGGGACCAGGCCUUCACGGUCACCACCAGCCGCAGGAACCCGGCCUCCCCUGGAGCUGUCACUGGGGCAGCCACCUUCCCUUCGUUCUGGAGCAGCCUGCUGGCUUGCCAGGGCCACCGAGGGCGUGUCGUUUUGUGCUGAUGCUGGUUCGGGGCUGGAGGGACCAGCCCCAGGGACCCGGCCGAAGCCAGUGGGGCUGGCAGUGUGUGUUGCGGGUGGGGGGGGGGGGGGGGUUGCCUCUGCCUAAGAGAUCAUUGCAGAGAGGGUGGCGGGGAGGAAGGGUGGGAAAUCUUUCGUACUUGGUCCCAGAGGCUUGAUGGGGGAUGUAGUUCUUGCUCCCCGGAGCCGCGUGGGAGUCGCAGUGUACGUAACCCCGUCCUGCAGAGACUGGGGUAGGCGGUUGCUUUUGGGUAAUGACGGGACCUGUACACUGGAACCUCAGCGUUAUGAACACCGGAGUGACGAACUGACGGGUCAGCCACAGCCCUCCUUGGGAACCGCACGUACGCGAUCCGGCAACAGCCGCAGAGACAAACCGAGCAGAUCCAGUACAGUCCUGUGUUAAAUGUAAACGACUAAAAAAAAAAAGAAAUAAAAGGAAAGUUUAAAAAAAGAAAGAUCUGACGAGGCAAGGAAACCGUUUCUGGGCUU